CAGACUCGCCCUCCACCCUUUGGUCGUGCAGGGUGUCAUUCUCUUCUUGUACGCCAUGUUCUCCCUACUGACCAUGACCUCCUCCAGCAUCUUGAUCGGAGUAUAAUGAAGGACCCCACACGCAACGACUCGGACACUGUAGAAUACAAGCCUUCAAAGCGCAAGAAAUCGACCGAAGGACCCGUCGAAUACUCCACACGAGACCCUACAUGGGAAGAACAAUUGAGACUGCCGAAGAGGUUUCAUGAAUUUGGCCCAGGUACUUGGCCGGCGUCACGUAUACUAGAAGAGAAGGUUGUUAAGGUUGGGAAGACAAAGAGGAAAUACUAUCUGGUAGAGUGGGAGAAGCACCCAGAAUCUGGAGAACGGUGGGAACCUUCGUGGAAACCCGCCAGUGAUCUACUCGGAGCAACUCUGCUUGAGGACUGGGAACUGUGGAAGCAUACUGGCGACGAACGUUUGGGCGAACGAGACAUCAGCCGACCUACUGCACCUGUCGGAAAGCCCCAGACCAGAGGAAGCGCAGCUAUUCGCAGAAUACCGGAUUCUUCAAGUGAAGCUGGAUCACAACAGUCGAAUAGACCUCAUCGAAGAACAUCAUCGCGAACUUCAAAUCACCCGGCUUUUUCCAGCCCCAAAGACAGCUCCGAGCAAGCCACGAACAAGACUUGGAGAUCAGCUUCGUCCCCUAUCGAGAUAGCCGAGACUCAGCAGGACUCGUCCCAACGCCUUUCUGUAUCGGUAGCGAUUCCUCCCAUCACCAUCGACAAGAGCGAGUACGAGUCACUGCACUCAAGCCAAAUCAAAUCCGACGGAGCUAUCAGAGGGCUUUUCUCGCCCGCGCACAGUCAAGCUACUCCUUCUAGAUUGUCAUCUCAACUUCCCGUCAGUCAGUCUUCUUCCGAUAAGGAACGCGCUAUCCCCUUGACCUCCUCUUCUGACCACGAGCCUAUUCUACUCGAAAGAGGUGUCACGCCUCCAGUUACUAACCGGCCGACGGCCAGACCGACGGUUGGCCACACGUCUCGAUCUUCGGUAAACACCAACCGUGCUAAGGCCAACGCUCAUUCCAGUCCAUCGUCUAUACAAAAGCAACAAACCAAAGACGCUAAAAGCCCAACAGAGUAUUCUAGACCUCUCACGAGACACAUCCCUAGCUCGUCGAGGCCCUCUCGCUCCAGCCUACUUGUCUCGCCCCAGGACGUUCCAAGAACAGAUCGAGAGUCCAGAGGAGCCCGCGAAUCUAGCGAAGAGCUUGGUACGCCUUUCAACCGGAGAAGUAGUCAGACAGCGAACAUCAAUCGAGGCGUUUCGUCGCCCCGUACGAACACACAGUCUCAACGUCAGAACGGCUCUACGUCAUCGCCUUGGGUAUCCGAAAGUCAAGCCCCUAUUCCAUUCACUGUUGGCUCGGGGCCCGAAAAGCCCGAGAGACGGCUGUCAGAAGGCUUUUCAUCCCCAAGACCUUCUCGUUCUGCCAUUAGACGGCCAAUGGCUUCUUAUCCUACACGAGUUAUGAGUCCUCCAGGCUCCACGUCUGAAAGAGCCUCGUUGUUGAGUGCAGGGACAGUACCAGGCAGUAUUCCGACUGAGUCUGGUCAGCAGUCGUCAUCAGGCGACGUAGACAUGGCUGUCAGUGCAAUGGGCUCGUCUCCGGUGGCAAGUCAUCGUCGGAACAUUUCCGAACCAGGACUUGUUCCCAGCAUCGCUCCGCAAGCGCCAAUCUACGAUGUUACACUAGGCGGAAGUGCAUUGCCAAUCCAGAACUCAAUCGAAGAGGAACCACAGUCUUCGAGCGGCGAGCAAUCAUCAGCGGAAUCCAAGGCAAGCUCCAGUCAACAGUCUGUCGAGAAUGAACUAGAUAUUGCCCAAAUCGACGGACUGGUGCUCCCUAGUUACCCCAUUCUUGGCCCAGCAGAGUAUGCAGUGGCUUUGCCAGCCGAAGGCAAGAUCCAGUCCACGUACUCCGACAUCAUCAAAUCGAAGAAGAAGGCUAUUCUCAAAUUUCUCAAUCGACACGAAUCCGUCGGCUCCUCGAAUGGCUCUCCCAAUCGAACACAGGAGAGAAACGAAAUGAUGGAGUUGAUUCAGCUAUUGAACGAUACAGUGACUCACAUGGAUCUGGGCCUUCCGGGGAUCUCUACCCAAUAUUCAAUCCAGUCUGAGCAACAUGCCGCAUAUGCGAACUACGCAGGGUCGAAAUUCUCGCUACUCGGCCAUCUUGUUGACAUGUUGAAGCAUGUCGAAUGCUCGAUCGUUAUCAUGACUCAAGCAGGCACAAUCCAAGACUUGCUUGAGCAUUAUCUGAAACUGAAGCAUGUCAGCGUGAGACGGCAAGACCGUCUCGCCGCCUCCAGAUCACCGGUGCCGGACCGCGCACCGAGUGAAUUCCAGGUUGAACUAGUCAGCACGUUCUCCACCCACUCAGUCGUCUUCCCCCUCAAACCUAUCUUAAUGAUAGCUUUUGAUGCGUCCUUCGACACGCAAGAUCCGCAAGUCAUGCGCAUUAGACAAUACUUUUCACCAAAGCCUCCGGCGCUAUUACCAGUGGUCCACUUUAUCGUGUCCAACUCAUCUGAGCACGUUGAUCGAUGUCUGCCGAAAGACAUGCCAUCCCCUGCGAGAUUGAAGCUUCUGGUGCGUGCGAUAUAUCAGGCUCGACCGAAUUUGGGAGGCAAGCCAACUUAUGUCCGAUCCCCGUCAGAUGAACCAGAAGGUAGACCUAUGGACUUCGCAGACCUCCAGCGAGCAUUGAGAAAGAGUCCUGAACGCAAGCUGGCCAUCCUUGCCUCAAUAAUUACCAGGGCCUCGCUGUCACAAGACUGGGACACCAACUGGACUUUAGGGUCAAUGCCCGAGUUGCAGUUGACAGAAAUGGACAUCCUCCCACAAAGAUCCAGCGGCGUGCCAACGGUUUCGACAACACCGAGAGAACCUGCUGCUCGAUCGAGAACGCCCGCGUCGCGGUCUGGCACACCAUCUGGCAAGAAGCGUUUGCUGGAAGUUGACAACGUCCUACCUGCCUUGAACAAGCGGCAACGACUUACUCCUACUCCUCUCCGAGAUUCUGUAGAGGUUGGCCAUAUCGGAAAUGACACCAGUAGUCGAAUGGAACAGCUUCAAGAUCUUGUGAACAAACUCCAGGCUGGGAUCCAGGUCGAACGCGAUGCUAAGCAGAAAGCGGAACAGGAUGCAAGUCGAGUUCGAGAGCAACUCGACCAAUGGAAGAAGGACCAUUCUGCCCUCCAACGACGUUACGAAAAGCGAAUGACGAAAUGCCAUGAAUUAGAGACGUCCAACAAGAAACUUCUCAAGAUCAUCGAAAACAACAAGGUGCGGCAGGAAAGAGGCACCGAAGAGAAUGGUACACUGAAGCGCAAAGUCACUGAGCUUCAGGCAGAGUUGACCACUGUGCGAGAAGAGGUGAAAGCUGGGGUUGGUGACGCGGCAGCCUUGGAAGCCGCAAGGGGAGAAGCCCGUGGUCUUCAGGCAAAGAAUCGUUAUCUAGACAAAUCACUCGAAAAUACACGCAAAGAUUUCGAGUUUACGCGGUCACAGUAUCAAGAAGCAUCAAACAAAGCAGCCGAAUUUGCUGGACAGGUCAGAGACUUGGAGGCAAAGGUCGCAGAGCUGACACAGCAGGCGGGUGACGAGAAGCGGCGCCUCAUGGAGAAGAGCCAUACGAACAGCAUUGAGAAACAUCUGGCCAAGGUUCAGGAGCUUGAAUUGGGUAUCAAGACCCGGGAGGUGCUGCUUCGAAAACUUGAGGAAGAGAAUCGUCAAUUGAAGAGGACACGCGGCGUUCAGACACGAGGCUCUAGCGUCCAACCUCCAGGAAGUCCUGGCCUCGAUCAGCCAACCAGAGGAACAAGGAGUCGUCAAGCAAGUCCAGCUCCGGGGUUGUUUCCCAAUUCUCACCAUGCGGGUGCUGCAAACAGGGGAAGCCUCCUUAGACAUGAGCGAUAGCCUCGCAAGGAGAACCGUGCGAGGGCAGUACCGAUCAAGAAGCCUAGGAGAUGAUGAGUUCGUGUGGUGGCCACAUUCGAAGCCUUGAAGGAGGCAGUAAUUCUCGGGGGUUGCGCCCAUGGUUGCCUUGGUGUUUGUCUUCGGGGAAGAAUAAGAAUAAAUAACAAAGAAC